AGAGAGAGAGAGAGAGAGAGAGAGAGAGAGAGAGAGAGAGAGAGAGAGAGAGAGAGAGAGAGUUAGCGAGUUUUUUUUUUUUCAUCUACAAUCCUCCUCCUCCUCCUCCUCCUCCUCCUCCUCUUCUUCUCCACGGAGAUCAUGCCUUCCUCGUGCGGCCCCUCUGGCAGCAAGGACGAUUGUGGACGCAUGGGCGAUGAUGGAGGCAAGGGCAAAGGCGGCAGCAAGGGCAAGGGGGCCAACGACAAACCGCCAUUUGAUCCUGCACCGGAAGCAAAGCAGAUGGAGUUAGAGAAGAACAAACCAGCGUACAAAUGGGUGCUGCGCGGACAGGAGGCGGAACCUUUGGGGUAUGGCAACUAUUGGCACAAGUGCAAGCUCUGUGGCCGGUUGUGGACAACGUCAUACACACGUGUUGUCGGCCAUUUCACAGCGAAGAGAGACCCAUGUCCCGGGCGGACCGGGGAGAUCCUCCAUAUCCUAGCGAGCAAGGGGGCGAAGAUUGACUGUCCCAGCACACGUAGAAUCAUCCAACUGUACCGACUGGAGAACGACAUCGCAGACUAUUCGAAUGCACAACCUGUGGUGGACGCUGCAAAGGAAGAAACCUUGGCGGACUUCAUCGUACCCCCGCCGGCACCAGGCAGAGAGGCGAUUGGCGAGAGUGCAGAUGGGGCUUGUGGGGUGACAGAUGACAGAUCAAACAUUCCUGAGGGGGGGGCGGGCCCAUCGGCUGAGGGAUCUGCGACAACACGACCGUCCGACAAGUUGCAACAGGCUUCCAUCCGACGGUGGACAGAAAACAACUCGCAGCAGCGCUUGGAUAUCGCGUGGGGGUUUCAUUUGUACGAGCACGGGGCUCCCUUCAACUACGUGACGGGGGAGAAGAUGCAGGAGCUCCAUGAGUUGUACUUGGAGCUGGGGGAGAAGAACCAAAGGGUGAAGAUGCCGAACAGAAUGCAGAUGGCCACAGUUGUCCUCGACAUUGCAUACGAACGGACAAGAGAGUCGAUGAGGCCGCUGAUGGAGGGAUGGGACGUCACAGGCUGCACACUGAUCACAGACGGGUGCACGGAUCGCAAGUCCCGACCCGUCAUGAACUUCAUUGCAGCCAGCGAGAGCGGAGCUGUUUUGCUGAAGGUGGUCGAUAUGUCGAAGAGAAAGAAAACUGCAAUCGCGUUGGCAAAGUUAUGGGAGGGGGUGAUCCAUGAGAUUGGUGUGCAAAGAGUGGAUGCUUUGUGCACAGAUAACGCCGAGGUGAACAAGCAUGCGGCCAGGCUGUUGAGGAGGCAAACAGAUCUCAACAUCUCACGGAUUCCGUGGGUGCCUUGCGCGGCUCAUUGCCUCAACUUGCUUCUCAAGGGAAUCAGCGGCGAGCCAUGGGUCCACGAGUUGUACAAGAGGGGCAAGACCAUUGUCAAGUGCAUCAAGAACCACCACAAGACUGCGCAGAUGUUCCUUGACAGCUCGGAGAUGGAACGGACCAGGACACUCAUCAUGCCUACGGACGUGCGGUUUGCCUCCAUGUAUCUCAUGUUAGAGAGGCUGUUCGACCGGAAGAAGGUGCUGAAGAACAUGAUGAAGGAAGGGUGGCUGGACAUCAAGUGGUCUUCGAGGAAGAAGCGCAACAUUGUUGAUGUUGUGUACAUGACAAUUCGCUCUGACGAUUGGUGGAGGGAGGUGGAGGCGGCCGUGGAUCUCAUGUAUCCGAGGUACGAUCUGUUGUGGAAGAUGGACAAGAGCGGGACCGCCCCGUACCAGUUGUGGGGCUUCGAGGAUGCGUUGAUAAAGCGGAUGGCCACCAUUCCCAACAUCACACCGGCGCGGCAGGAAUCCAUCGCGAAGAAAGUAAGGAAGCGCUGCAAAAUGAUGCGCCAGCCGGUGCAUGCAGCAAACUUCCUCUUCAACCCCGCGAAGCGCGACCCUCGAUGGAUGCAAGACCCCAGGUGCCCUCUUGUGCAAAACACCAUGAAGUUUUUGCUGUCUCAAUGCGAGGAGGGGGCGGUAUGGGGGUGCAAGGACCAGCUCCUGCUGUGGGAAGAUUUGAAAGUGUUCCACAAAGAGCCGCAGGGGAAUUCGAGCCUGCCACCCGCUAAGCAGGACAGUUUCUGGACAGACUUCGCGAAGUUCGACAGCAGYCUUAAGAAGCACACCUCUUCAGAUUGGUGGGUGUGCCACGGGAAAAGUCACCUGAAACUGCAGCGCAUUGCAGUUCGUGUGACAGCGAUGUGGAGCACGGCCACACCGUGCGAGCGCAGCUGGUCCACUUUGAACCUCGUGCAUGAGAAGAGGAGAAACCAGCUUUCCAGCGACACUAUAAACAAGCUUGUUUAUGUGCACUGGAACUUGCAGUUGUUGAAGGUGAAGAAGAAGAAGGCAGGGGGCUUCAUCGACAUGUGGGCUGAUUUCUUUGGUGUGGACGGUCCUCGGCCUGCUGCAGAUCCUGACAUUCUUCCCGAUGACGCGCUCCCGUCAGCGGAAGAGGUGGCUCGGCGGGAUCGCCUGAGGAAGGCGCCGUACGGGACAAUUCCGAAGGUGGGGAGGGUGGACCAGUCCAGCGGGACCGACAACAGUGAUGAUGGGGGGGAUCUGGUAUGGCGGGGGAAGGGGAACAAAAGACAGGGGAUGGAAUGUUUGGAUGCUCCACCGGAGGGGAAGGGUGCAAGUCGAUUACGAAUAUUAUGGAGAAGAGGAAGAAGAGGAGGAUGAAUACGACGACAUGGAGUUUGGACUUCGAGGGAGCGUGGACUCUGACGAAGAGCACAACGA